AUGCAAAAAUCACUCAGAGUUGAACUGUUGCAGGUCAACACCACCAACAACUCUAAGCAGCCUCAAUGGGCCGCAAUUGUGGGAGCUUCCAAAGGAGUGGGAGUUCAGACGGCGGGGGAGAAAAAUGGAAGCGAGUGGCUUUUAGAGUCGCUGAAGAUGCAGAUGAAGCCUAAGAGUGAGCUUCAACACAAAAAGAACAAGACGCGAGGUAGCGGGCAGAGACAUGAGGAUGUGAAGCUGAAGGAGCCCAAAGAAAGACUCAUUGCGCUGAAGGGAAGAGUCAGAAAGUGGCCAGCAAAGAUUGCAAAGAAGGAAACGGCUGCUAAGGAGAGCUGGCCUACAUUAGGUAGCACGAUUCCAAAUCAGACUGUUGAGAAAUCAAUCGGUCCAAUGUGGAGCAAGGCUAUUAGAGAUGGAGAUGUGAAGGCUGUUACAGCUGUGAAAAUGGUGGUGAAGGUUGAGAGGGUUACAAAGGAGGUUACAGCUCCGUAUGUGGCCCCAAAAAAGGCGUGGGCUAAGGUUGUCAAGGCAACAGAGCCAGGGAAGACUACAAAGAAAGAGGAGCCACAGCAGCAGGCUCCAAAGAAGGUGGUUCAUGGUCUUUUGGGUGAAGCAUGGAAGGAGGCACUCGAUGUUGGUCUCAGGGGAGAAAAGUUGAUGCCUGCUGCUCCUAAACGUUGCCAUUCAGCUGUGGCUGCUUUCCACUACGAGGAGACUAAUGCUGCUAGGGUUGAUGCUGCUGACGUUAAGAAAACGCAACGGGUCUCCUUUUUGCCUGGAGAGUUUUCUUUCUUCAAGCACUUGUUGCUGGAAAAGAACAACAAGACCUACUUGCCAAAUGACUUCUACAAGUAUAGGGAAUGGACCAACCAAAAAGAAGGUACCGUCUUCCUUCCUACUGAUUUCUACAAGUAUCGUGAGUGGACCCUCCAAAAAGAAAAGACCGCCUUUUAUCCCAAGGAUUUCUUCAAGUACCUGGAGUGGACGAAUGAAAAAAAAUACGUGACCUUCUUUCCUUGCACUUUCUUCAAAUGCAAGGAAUGGGUCACGGAAAGAAGAAACCCUUCUUUCCUCACUGGUGAAUUCUUUGACAUAUGGAAACUCCAAGAGGAGGAGAAUGUGACGGUAUCCGGUGACUACAAAAGGAAAUUGGACUUGUUGCCUGAGAAAAUUGAGGCAAGUCUUUCCUGCUUUGAACUCGCGCCGGAAUUGUCUUCUACAAAAACUACAAGGGAACAAAAACCCGGCAUGAGUGACCGAAGUGUGUUUGUGACUGUUGUUGACGGCAUGAAGAAGUGCUUCCAGGCGCCUGUCUUGUAUGGCUUUUUUGCCUUGACCUUGUUGAUGUGGCCACUUAUUUAG